UGACUGAACUAGUAUGUUUAUGAUUUUUGACAAUUGAAUUGAUGUCGUUCGUUCGCUCUGGCACUUUCUUUUCACUCUGCUCGUUACGUUUUGGUUUUGGAGUGGAAAUCGAUUCAACCCCAAAAGUUCAUCAAAGCCUGAAAAAUGGGAGUUAGUCUAUUGGGAGAGAAGGUAAUUCUGGUUCCAUACAUGGCAGAACACGUGCCGAAAUACCACGAAUGGAUGCAAGACCCAGCUAUGCUUCAAGCCACUGGAUCCGAGCCCCUCACUCUCCACCAGGAGUAUCAGAUGCAGCUCUCAUGGAACCAAGACCCCUACAAAAGAACUUUCAUUGUAUUGGAGAAGCAUUCGGUUGUCGGAGAGUUUGUUCAUGGAGAUCCUCAUGUUGAAGCCAUGGUGGGUGAUGUGAAUAUCUAUAUGAAUGACCCGGAUGAUCCACAAAUGGCAGAGAUUGAAAUAAUGAUUGCUGAAUCCAAAUGCCGUGGUAAAGGCAUUGGAAAGGAAUCAGUUUUAAUCAUGAUGGCAUUUGCAAUUAAGAACUUGGGGAUCCACACCUUUCGAGCUAAAAUUGGAGACUCUAAUACACCGUCCCUUAUUAUGUUCCGAAAAUUGGGUUUUGAGGAGAUCUCCCACAGUGAAAUCUUCCAAGAGGUGACUUUAGAGCUAAAAGUAACAGAGGCCAAGAGCAGUGAGCUGUUAUGUAUGAUGGAUAAUGUGGUUACACAUAAGUAGCUUUGAAGCUCCUAUCUGAUUUAUCUAUCUACCCCUGCAUCUUCUCCUUGAGAGGUUUGAAGCUUAUUGACCUUAGAUAUAUGCUUAAACAAUGCAUCUUCUAUAACAAAGAUUAUUAUUAGAAUACAAGGAUUCCAAUAAUAUUCAAAACCAAGGCAAGUGAUGAUUAUUGCUUGCUGGACAAUCAUAACUUCUACUUAUAUACUACUUAAGUAAUAGCCUUAUUCCUGACAAAAAAAAAAAAGGUAAUAUCCUUAUUGACAAAACUACUGCCUUUUCUUAACUAGUUCUCAAUUAUUAUGCGUGUUGUGGCCUUCUGCUAACUUGAGAAAGCGCAGAUUUUUUUUUUUUUUUUGUAAUGUAUCAGUAAGUGUAGUUAGAAAUGUAUUUGUAAAAUGUACUACAUAUAACGAAAGUAAUUCCAAUGACGUGAAGUUGGAAACUAAGAUAGCAUACAUGUAAACACUCGUAAUAAUACUAAGUUGAUAACACUCAACCCACCAUCUGUAACAACCAAAUGAAGGACUGAACUGACAAACUUAGAUUCCUAAUAGAAACACAGGAUAGGUACUUGGGUUGAAUUUUAGCCUGAAUGAAAAUCAACUGUGUCCAUUGAUUGAACAUUUGGCCCGGAGGUUGAGUGACCCUGAGGGAUGUCAUUCAAAACUGAAGUUCCGGCCUGCCAGACAAGGUUGGUGGAAGUUUCUUUAGCUAAUGGACCAACGAUAGCAAAGAUAGUCAUCUCACCUUUGGUAUAUUCUGCAGAGAUGUUUGAAACUUGAAAGCUGAGAGAACUUGGCUGCAUAGAAGGGCUGUAACUGGUUAUGGCUGUUGGAUAGGCAGUCAUGCUCCCGUUAGAAUUUUGAAAGGCGACAAUGGCCUGUGAUCCAACCAUACCUUUUCCAGUUGGGUUUAUAGCCCAAGCAAUCCAUCCUGUAGAUUCUUGAGCAGCUCUAUAAGCAACAUGGACAUUUUUGGUGGAUGGUAUGUAGUUCCAGUGGAGGUGUGCUUGUAACAUUGGAAGGUCCUUGCAAGAAUCGAAUAGUUUGUUGUCUGAGAAGGUAUGAUUUGAGCAGGUUUGAGCUAAAGUAGUAAGCAGUUGAGGGACAAGAAGCAAGAUCAUUAAGAAUUGUCUUGUAAUUGUAGCCAUUUCUAGGAGUUGUGUUUAACUAAAAGAUUGGCCGAGAGAUCUAGAAUCAGAGAUUGUUUGUUAAGAGAAGGCUCUUGUGACUGUAGUGAUGAACUAUAUAUUUUACUCUGUUGAAUUAUGCUGAGUUUUAAUGAGAGGAAAUCAUAGAAAACUUGGGGAGUUUUUAUAAGAGAAGAGGUUGAGGUUUAUAAUACAAAUAAACUU